CCUCGGGCUCAGCAGCUGCCGGCGCCGCUGCAGCGGUUGCCGCGGCCCCCAGCAGCAGCUGCGUGCGGCUGCCCGACCUGGCCCGCAGCCUGUUCGACGUGCUGAGCCGCGUGGAGGCGGCGCUGCCGGAGGACUGCAGCGAGUGGCGCUCCUGGUGCGGGGCGGCAGAGUUCAACCUGGUUGCGGCCGCCUCGGACAAGAACGAGUCGGGCCGCUCCCGCCGGAAGCGCAAGCAGCAGGAGCAGCAGCAGGCGGGCGGGCAGCAGCAGCAGCAGCAGGCGGUCCAGCAGGCGCAGCAGCGGAAAGUGCAGUGGGCCAACCCCAAGACGCAGAAGCGACUGUACGGUGACGCCUGGUUGGCGCUGCUGUCGCUGCCGCUGCCGCCCGACACGCUGCGUCGCGUGCUGCUGGCGCUGCCCGUGUCUGUGCUGCCGCACGUGCCGGGUCCGCACCUGCUGUCGGACUUCCUGACGCACUGCCUGGGGCGGGGCGGGCUGACGGGCAUGCUGGCGCUCAACGGACUGUUCCUGCUGGUCACCCGCCACGGUCUGGAGUACCCGCAGUUCUUCGCGCGCCUCUACCAGCUGCUGGCGCCCGAGGCCUUCGCCGCCCGCACCCGCGCCCAGUUCUUCCGGCUCGCCGACCUGUUCCUCUCCUCCUCCCUGGUGCCCGCAUACACCGUGGCGGCCUUCGUGAAGCGCUUCGCCCGCCUGGCCCUCUCCGCGCCGCCCGCGGGCGCCCUGCUCGCAAUCGCCUUCAUCCACAACCUCAUCCGCCGCCACCCCGCCCUCGCCACCCUGCUGCACAACCCCGCUGCGGGCAGGGGGGCGGGUGCGGACGUGUACGACGAGGCGGAGCCGGACCCCGCCAAGAGCCGGGCGGUGGAGAGCUCGCUGUGGGAGGUGGAGGCGCUGAGGAACCACUACUGCCCGCAGGUUUCAACUUUCUGUGCGGUGCUGGACAAGGACCUCACGGACCGCACCAAAACCGCUGAAGUCAACCUGGAGGACUUGCUGGGCGCCGGCGGCCAGGCGGACGGACAGCAGGCUAGCGGCGCUGGGAGCUACAACGCGCUGAUCCGCGGCGAGCUGUCACGCAAGCUUCGCAAGGCUCCGGUCGCCUUCUACGCGCAACCCCCAGUCUCGCUCUUUGACCCCAGCGGCGAUGCUGAGGACUGGGGUGGUUGGGCUUUUGGAUCAAAGGCAUAGGUUUAAUCUGAAGGGUGUGAAGUUGUGCACUUUGAUGCGGCGCAGACUGUGGAUUAUAGGGUUGGCAACGUACUGGGAGUGCCAAAGGACGAGUUAUUUUAGCAAUGGUUUGCUAGCAUUAAUUUUCUCUGAUCCUUUAUGUUGUGCAUCGCUGCUAGCCCAGCGCUGUCGGAGAGCCGGGAGGGGCAAUCUGGGGUUGUACGGAUGCGAUGACCUCUGGCCCGUGCAUCGUCGGGCCUGUUUUAUUGCUAGCCCACCACAUAGCGUGAAGGCUUAAAAAGGCACGGGCGGGGUAGGAUUGCUUUAUUUGUUGCUUUAUUCCCGCUUCAUCAAUCUUGCUUUGGGUCUUGCCAACCCUGUGACCCGCUCCGAUCGCCGAGUAACAUCUUCGUAGAUAGUUUAAGAAAACUGAAAAGGCAAUUCCUAAGCCGAGGUCCAAUAUGGAAGAUAGUUGGGAGAAUCUCGCUGGGGCGCUCCCGGGUCUGAGCUUAUCAGAGCGCCCGGUACCAAACUCUGUUUCCGUUGAUACUGCAGCCCAAGCUGGCGAUGUGGCCAAGCCGCCCACUCCACCACCAGCUGAAAGUACUUCGGCUCAACCGCAGUACCAGGCUCAGCAGCAGCAGGCGUCGGGCCCUGCAUCUGACUAUGAAGCUGUAGACGCUGCCAUCAGGCAAGCGCUCGCCGACCCUACCCAGCGUAUCACAGUUCUGAAAUGCGAGGAGCUUGUGGAGAAGUUUCUUGCGGACCCAUGCCAGGAAGCCUUGCAAUUCCCUGCGUCCUUUUCCAGCUACCAGCGGAUGCUGGCGCACCGAGUGGGUCAGUACUACGGUCUUCAGACGAGCACUGUCGACUACGAGGAGUCUCAGGGCCGAGUUCUUGCCAUUCGCACAAUGCACUGCACAGUACCGAAGCCUCGCCUUCGCAAUCUCGACGUUCGCUCAGAUCCAAUCGCUCAGCGCACCAGCAGCGUAAACGGCGCGGGAGGACCCGUCUCGGACAAACCGCGCCUUCUUCGACGCCAGGAAGAUGAGCGCAUUCAGCACAGCAGCUCGGAGCUUUCACUCAACCAGUCCCCAUCGAGGACAAUAAAGGAAAGGCAUGAGAACUACAUGAAGGCGCGCGAGGAGCUGGGCCUCGGGAGCGCCCCGCAGGAGGGCAUGGGCAUGGGUCGGGGCGGCCGGGGCGGGCCUGGUGGUCGCUUCGGCAGCCUCGGCGGCCGCAUGGACGGCGGGCGGGGCCGCAAGGCGAUGUUCCGAGACAAGGACAAGGACUUGUCGGACCCCGACUACCGCCGCGGCAUGAACAGGUUCACUCCCGUUGCACGCUUCGACCCUACGUACGCGGCGAUGCCGGGUGGCGGCAUCUACCAGGUGCCCACCUACUCGUCUGAGUUCCCGGCCCUGAACCGCAUGCCCGCGGGCCCAGCUGGCGCUCCCGGUCGGCCGCACAUGGCGCCGCAGCACCACGCCGACCACUCGCAGGUGCCGCUGGGCGCCGCAGGUGCCAUGCAGCCGCACCCCAUGGCGGCGCACCAGCCCGCGGGACCCAUGGGUUCGUGGGGCCAGUCGCCGGCCCAUGCAGGCCCCGGCGGCGUGCGCCCGCCGCCACCGCCCCCUCCCCCGCACCACCACGUAGGGGGUCACGGGGGCAGCAACCAGGGCGGUAAGGCCCACCAGGGCGGCGCAGCAGCCGCUGGCGGCCCCGACCGCAGCGGCAGCGGGGGCAUGGCUGGCCGCCAGCAGCAGCCGCAGCAGCAGGCGGCGGCGUACGGCCAGGCGGUGGCGGCGCCCUACCCGGGCAUGGGAGCGCAGUACCCCGUCCCGGUGGCGAUGGGUGCGGCUGGCUUCAUGCCGCCGGGUCAGCCGGUGUUCGGCAUGGCUGCUGCGGGUGGGGCCAUUCCCGCGGGAGCCAUGUACGCGGCGGCCGCUCCCGGGAUGGGCGGCGCCUUCUACCCGGGCAUGGGCAUGGGUCACGCGAUGGGCAUGGCGGUGCCGGCCACGGGCGCGUACGGCUACGUGACUGCGCCGGGUGUGGGCAUGGGGUCGCAGGGGGAGGCCAUUGCCAUUGCCCCGCAGGGCGCCUACCCGGUAUACAGCUACCCCGCCGGGGCCGCCAUGUACCCCGCGGGUGCGGCCGCCGGGGCGCAGCUGCAGCAGGCGGCGCAGGCGCACUCCGCCGGAGGUGCCGCCAUCCCCAUGCGGCCGAUGUACGGCGUCCCGGCGUUCUACCAGUCGUACGACCCGGCCCAGUACGGCGCGGGACCUGGCAUGCAGGGACAGGGCGGCGGCCAGGGCGAAGGUCGGUCCUACGGUGGCCAUGCGCACCACCACCAGCAGCAGCAGCACCAGAGCCACAGCAGCAGCCACAACAACCACCACUCACAGCAGCACGGCGGCGGUCGGAGCCGUGAGACGGAGCGCGAGGGGGCCGGCGCUGCUGCAAGCGGCGCUGCCGCUGAUGCAAAGCAGUAGGGGGCCUUGGCUUGACGCUUCAGCGUUGCAGGGAUGAUGGAGGCACGAUCCCUGCACACGCUUGCCAGUGUUUCCUGGCAUAAUUGGAUUGCAGCACCACCUAGUCGGCCCCGCGGGGCCGGCGGGGAGGCAUGCGAGAGGCUUCUUCAGGCGUGGGCUUAAGUCUAUUCUUCGCUGCUCCGAUCCAGGGGCAUUUUGACGACUAUGAAGGUCUCCUUACAUUUUUGUAACCAAUCCGAGCAUAUAUCUUUUAUAGACACUGCUUAGCGGGGCUCCUUCCGCGGCGGCUGCGAGGGCCCUCUGGGGGCGGCUGUCCUGGCGGCGUGCUCGCGCGGCCGCCGGGGCAGCGGCUGCCUACCUGGCUGCGGCCUGGGGGCGGGUGAGCUGUUGAGCUGCCCGCCGCCCUGCCGGACUGGGAGCACCGCCGGCCAGCGGAGAGGUGUUUGUGUGUCUGUUGGAGCAACCUGCAGAAGGCUUUGAAGACUAAGAUCUUCACUACAAGGAUUCGAACGAUUGGGCUGCAUAGGGCAGUAGCGGCGACCCUACAUGCUUCAACUUGUGGCGGGUGGGUCGCCGUUGCGUGUGCGGUGGUGGUGGGGCAGCGCCCCUCCGCGCUGGUACUGGUCAGCGGAGCGCCCUCAAUUUCUGUGGAGGCUGGUGGAGAGGGUGGUACAUACAUGCGGAGUGUUGGGAGCGCGGCGGAGCUGGUGUUGGCGGAG